AUGGUCGGGAGUCUGCUUCAGUAUAUGGGAGAGCCUGGCCGAAAAAUCUCUACUGAAGCAUUUGGGACUCCCUGGAACGGCGACAAACACUUCGCAGCUUUCUCCUAUCGCCUCCCUCUCACGGACAACAUAGCCAACCAACUUCCAAUCUAUAAGCCAGAAGGGUAUGAUCCGACCCACUACGAACUGGAUCGACGAAAAUAUAAGGCCGGAGGCACAUUGAACACUCCCAAGGUUAGGCUUCCCGGUGGGAAGACCGAUCUACUCGGGUCAGAAGCACCCCUUGCCACCGAUUUACUGGGUAUGAACGAUGACUGGGCUCUCGGAUCGCAAGUCGCGCGACAAGAAAUUUUGAAAGAUACAGCAACUUUCACAAAAGGUCUCUUGUACUUCUUUACCAGCGAUGAAUCCCUUCCGGGGAGUGCACCGUCUCAUGAGAGAACAGAACUCAUGUUCUGUGCCAGCUAA